GAACAAACAUUGCUUACACCUUAACUAUGUGUACUACCUUGACGAUAAAUAUAGCUCCAUAUAUUUGCUGAAUUUUCGAGUUUCUCGGUGAAGCCAAGCCUGCCCACCAUAGUCCCACCAUAGUUAUCGAGGACAACAAACUGUUUCAUUUGUUUGCCUGGCCUUUAGUUACUACUACUACCUUACUAUAUAAGAUAUCUAUACCUAUCCAAACUGAGAUCACAUUACUCAAUAAGGAUCGUGUCGCCUUCACUGACCUGCCCAAUUAGGCAGGUCAGUGUAUACAACCCGUCCUGUUCUGGCUAGUCCCAUGAAACUUUCUUCCUUCCCCAGUCUUCCCCAGUUUCUACCUGUCAUUCGUAUUGGUGAUGGAGCAAAGAUGUCUACCGAAGCCUAAUAAAAAACAACUAAUAAUAAAGAAAAAAAAAAACACACAAUUCUCACGUGAAAUGACGUGCUUCGAUAUAAGUAAAUUUGUCUACUUAUCCAUUGGUUUAUUCGCUGCUUCAUAGGCAAGGUAGGAACUGUACCAUACCUAGAUAAUCCAUAGAAGAUUGGCAAUCUGCGAUAGAACCUCAACUAUAAGCUAACCUACCAGCCUUAGCCAACCAACUAGCCAGCGAAGCCAGGUAGUCAAUAGGUCACCAAGCAAAAGAUGGAGGUCGACGCGGAAAAGAACGCCCCUGCGUACGCGGCCCACAGCGCCGAUCACGCAUUGGUUGUGGCCGAGGAUAAGCUGCGGCGGUCGCUGUCCCCGCGCCAGGUCCAGAUGAUCGCCAUUGGCGGAACCAUCGGGACGGGACUGUUCCUGGGCACCGGCAAGGCAUUGGCCACCGGCGGUCCGGCCUCGUUGCUUAUAUGCUAUGCCAUCGUCGGAGCCAUCGUGUUCGUGACUAUGUUGUGUCUCGGCGAGAUGGCGGCGUUUGUGCCUGUGGCCGGCUCCUUCUGCACCUUCUCAGCCCGCUACGUGGACGACGCCUGGGGCUUCGCGCUGACGUGGAACUACUGGUUCAACGACGCCGUGUCCACGGCCGCCGACCUCGUCGCGCUGCAACUGAUCCUCCAGUACUGGACCGACACGUUCCCCUGGUACGCGCUCGGCCUCAUCAUCUGGUUCCUGCUGAUCCUCGCCAACAUCAUCAACGUGCGCGCGUACGGCGAGGUCGAGUACUGGCUGUGCCUGCUGAAAGUCGUCACCAUUGUCAUCUUCAUCGUGCUAAGCAUCGCCGUCAACGUGGGCGGCAACACAACGCACGAGUACAUCGGCGGGCGCAACUGGCGCAUCGACGGCGCGCCAUUCGUCGGCGGCAUCGGCGGGUUCGCGAGCGUCUUCGUGACGGCCUCCUUCGCGUACGGCGGCACCGAGUCCAUCGCCAUCACGGCGGGCGAGACCCGCGACCCGGCGCGCCAGCUGCCGCGCGUCGUCCGCAACGUCUUCUGGCGCAUCCUCUUCUUCUACAUCCUCUCCGCGCUGAUGAUCGGCCUCAACGUGCCGUACAACUACCCCGGUCUCAACUCCAAGGAAACCAGCACGUCCCCUUUUACCAUCGCGUUCCAGAUGGCCGGGUCCAAGGUGGCCGGCUCGUUCGUCAACGCCGUGAUAUUGACCAGCGUCAUCUCGGCCGGCAACCACGCGCUCUUCGCGGGCUCGCGCCUGCUGUACACGCUGUCUGUCAACGGGCACGCGCCGAAAGUAUUCGGCCGCCUGACGCGGUUCCAGGUUCCCUGGGUGUCUGUGCUCUUCACGUCCCUCAUCUCGGGCCUGCUGUUCGGGGCCUCCUUCAUCGGGGCCGGCCAGCUGUGGACAUGGCUGCAGAACCUCGUGGGGGUGUCCAAUCAGCUGUCCUGGAUCAGCAUCGGCGUGGCGUCGCUGCGGUUCCGGGCCGGCUUGAGGGCGCAGGGCAAGGAGCACCUACUGCCGUUCAAGAACUGGACGUACCCGGCGGGCCCAAUCAUUUCGAUUGUGCUCAAUGUUUUUAUCGUACUCGUGCAGGGGUGGAGCUGCUUCAGUCCGAGGUUCAGCGCUGUGGACUUUGUGAGCUACUAUGUUGAGCUGCCGGCUUUUGCGCUGAUGUUUGUGGUGUGGAAGUUGGUUAAGAAGACAAAGUUUAGGAGAGCGAGUGAGAUGGAUCUGGUUACGGAUGUGUAUACCAAAGAUGAUAUGGAGCCGGAGGAGGGAGGAUGGUCUGGGAAGGCGAAAAGGAUAGGGGGGUGGUUAUGUUUUUGAUUUUUCUAGGUGAGAAGGAGUAACUAGUACCUAGGUAACCCUACUACAUAUGUAGGUACAAUACUAGGUACAAUGUAAGGAAAGUAUAGUAACUAGUACCUAGGUACCCCGGCUAUUAGAGUAUGCACCCCUUUUUUAGGUCGGCAGCUACUAAAUUAUAGUGGAGUAGAGUAAGAACCCCGACGCCGAAGCCGAGACCGGGCAACAUUCAUCCAGGU